AUCAGUAUCUGUUUAGCUUUGGGAUCGAGAAGAUCAGACAAAACUACAGAAAACCUUUUAAUAUAUUAAAACAAUAUUUUUGGUUUUAUGUUGCAAAAUCAAUCAUAUUUUGACUUUAAUCCUAUGGGAAAACCCACACUUCUUAUUUAUAAUGUACUGAUGGGUCUGACAAUGGGCUCCCUGAACUGCCCCACUGGAAGGUCCAAUCCCCUGCAGUUCCACCUGGUGCGUCAGUGUCAGCGAGCCUCGGCGGAGGAUCCUUUGGCGCUGGAAAACACCUCCUCCCUGCAGGACUGCGUUAAUCUGGCCCAUGAAAUGCGGGGUCUGGCCCUGAACUACGCUCCAGGAGGAGCAAGGAGGAGAAACAUAUACGACCAGAGGUCCUUUGGCAAGGAGGGUCAGAAGCAGCAGCAUGUUCGCAGUCGUCUGAGUGCAUUCGAACAACCUGGGGAGUUUUUCAACUGCCAUGUGCUGCAGUGUCCGCAGAACAAUACAUUUUCUGGGAUGGUCAACGACAGUCGCUUUGACUACUACAGCUUAUAUGGCAGGCCAACAGUUGUGCAGAACUACAGCUGUCUGCCGGAGGUGGGCCUUUUCGUGGUAUACACCCAGCCCAGUGCCUACUUGAAUGCCUCGUUGACCUGCUCCAACUCCUCCGAGUACACUGGCAGUCUGGCCCACAUAGCCUCCGAGUUCAGAACCAACUCAUUGGCCCAGUGGUUGCUGGAGUUCAACAGAAAGUCCCAGCCCGAAAAGCAAGAAGCGAAUGUGUUCCUGGCCUACGUGGGAUUGGUCUACAACAGAUCCACUUCAUUGAACGCCCUGGAUUUCAGGAACUCCCAGCAGGAAAGCCUGCAGUGCUUUCUUUACAGGGCCUGGGAUGCAGGUCAUCCUCGUCAUAGUCAGGAGCUGACCAAUGCCAGCUGCGUGGCCCUGACGGCGCAGGGAACCUGGCAAACGCUCCACUGCGACCGGGAGCUGCCCUUUAUCUGCGAAAUCCACACGGCCAGGCCAACAUCCAACUGGGAGCACUCCUAUUCCGAGCUGGACAUAGGCCCAAACGCUGUCUUCGAGUGCAACGGCAACGAUAACGAUAGAGUCUAUGGCAGCAUGGAUAUUCGCAGCCGUUUUAUUCACUUAAGCGGUUUUCAAAACACAAAAGCCAAAUAUAGAUAG